AUGUCCCUCCCUCCCACAAAGAAGAGUGGCUACGAACAUGAACAUGUCCAAGUGAGGAGCAUCGACGACGACAACCUCACUGGUGAACAAAACAAAGUCAAAUACACCAAACCAGUCGCUACAUUCACCAGAUACUCCGCCGACAUGGCUACCACCGUUCCCCUUCCCGAGAAGGAUGUUCCCAUCAAGGCAGUCCAGCUCGAGGCGCUGGUUGUCAUGAAAGUCAUCAAGCAUUGCGCAAACCGCUUCCCAACCACUGCGACCGGCAGCCUCGUUGGCAUGAACGUCAACGGCACUCUCGAAAUCACCAACACCUUCCCGUUCCCCGUCGUCGAUCUUCCUCCGGAGGCGCAGUAUGAACAACAGCACUUCAACAGCGCAGCUGCGGCGCCGCGGGCAAAGUCAAACACUGCAUACCAGGCCGAGAUGAUUCGCAUGUUGCGCGAGGUCAAUGUCGAUGCCAACAAUGUCGGUUGGUACACCAGUGCCAAUCUGGGCAACUUCGUCAACACCAACUUCAUUGAGAACCAGUACCACUACCAGAAGGAGUUGAAUGAGAAGACCGUUGCGCUCGUCCACGAUGUCAGCCGAAGCUCCCAGGGUAUCCUCAGCAUCAAGGCAUUCAGACUCUCCCCCCAGUUCAUGACUGCCUACAAGGAAAACAAGUUCACCACCGAGAACCUCCUCAAGUCGGGUCUCAAAUACACUGAUAUCCUGGUCGAAAUCCCGGUCACUGUCCACAACUCUCACCUCGUCAAUACCUUUGUCCACCAAGUCCCACGCCUGCUCGCUUCCGGUGUCAUGAAGGCUCCCAACUCUGUCGACGAGAUUGAGAACAACCCCGUGAUCAAGAACGACACCCUUGCGCCAAGCUUCGAGUCCUUGUCCAUCAACAUCGACCCAUAUCUGUCCCAGACCGCCGACAAUCUUCUGGAUUCUAUCGAAACUCACCACGUCGAAGCCAACAACUUCUCCUACUACCAGCGAGCUUUGGCCAGAGAGCAGGCUAAGAUUCAGCAAUGGCAAGCUAAGCGCAAGGCCGAGAACGCUGCUCGUGCACUUUCGAAGCAACCCCCUUUGCCGGAGGAUGAGUGGCAGAAGCUCUUCAAGUUGCCGACCGAGCCAAGCCGCUUGGAGAGCAUGUUGAACAGCCGACAGGUGGAGCAGUAUGCACGACAGGUUGAUGGGUUUGUUGCAGCCACUUCUGGCAAGAUGUUCGCCGUCCGUGGCAACCUUCUGCCCAACGAAGGAAAGGAGGAGUGAUUAUGAUCAGGAUCUUCUGGUUUCAAGCUGGGCUAUGAGCGGCAGGAAAUUGGUUCAGAAAGUCCAGCAGUCCCACUGAGAUGCGUCUACAUUGUAGUAGAGCGCCAUGGACUGAAUAGUGCUGGGCUGACAUUGAUGAGCUUGAAAUGAUGACCUGUACCCGAAUUAGCAUAGCAUAGCAAUCCACACUAGGGCAGGGCGUUUGGCGUUUUUGCUGCUGGAGGCCUCGAAUGCAAGAGGCAUGCUUGGGUUGGAUUCCGGGCGGGCACCGUGGCUAUCAUGAUGGAAUUCAAAAGUUAUGCUGGAGCGCUUCUCCUACGGAUCAAAAAUAGACUGGGAAGUUGAAUUGUCGCAAGCCUUCAAAGACGAAGCGGGCGAUGGGUUGGGAGGGACUCCGCCGUCGAAACAAAAGAACAUGUCAGAAUGAAGGACGAUGGGCAAUGCAAGGCAUCGAGCACAUAUGUUGUCUUCUUUUCCGAGAAGACGUGUGCAAAGAUCCGUCUAUCGGUCCUUUGUCUUGGAGGUCUUUGUUGUCACAUUCUCUUAUCGUCGAGUCGCGACGAGUGCAGCACAGCAGUAUAGUGGAUGGCCCCUCGACCUGGGCCAUCCUGUAUCGCGAGAUGUAGAACCUCAGGAACUCUGCUUCCUCCUUCCG